GUUAAAGAUGUCUGCUCCGGCGGCGGCGCCGAGCUCUGCUCCCGCUCUGGGUCCGAACUUCGCGGUGAUCUGCUCGUUCCUCGAGCGGUACGGAGCCCUGCUGGACCUGCCGGAGCUCACCUUCCCGCAGCUGGAGCGGGAUCUGCGGGACUCGUGCUCAGUCCCGAAGCUGCUGGUGGAUCUCCACGUCAAGCUGCUGAGGAAGAUCGGCAAGUCGGUGUCUGCGGACCGAUGGGAGAAGUACCUGGUCAAGGUGUGUCAGGAGCUCAGCUCCACCUGGGCCUGGGAGCUGGAGGAGAAGGGCUACCAGCAGAUGACCCUGGAGAGCAAGACGGGGAUCCUGAAGUACCUGUGCGAGUGUCAGUUUGACGACAACGUGAAGUUCAAGACGGCCAUCAACGACGAGGACCCCGAUAAGAUGCGCGUGCAGCCCAUCGGCCGGGACAAGGACGGCCUGAUGUACUGGUUCCAGCUGGACCAGGACAACAACGUGCGCAUGUACGUGGAGGAGCAGGACGACCUGGACGGAUCCUCCUGGAAGUGCAUCGUCAGAGACAGAAACGAGCUGGCCGAGGUGGUGGCUCUGCUGAAGACCCAGAUCGACCCGGAGCUGCUGAAGAGGGAGCUGGAGAAGAAAGCUCAGCAGGAGGAAGACAAGGACGGCGCCGAAGGUGAAGCUAAAAAGACAGACGAAACCUCCGAUGAUGACAGCAAAGACUCCAGCAAGGCCGUCUGUCCAGUCUCACCAAAGACAGAGGACAAAGACAAAACGACAGCGAGUGACGGCCUGAAGACAGAAACGGAGACCUCUGAGGACAAAUCUUCAACAGUAAACGGAGCCGUCGACAGCAAACCUGAGGCUGAAAGCAUCGGCGCUAAAGCCCAGAGCAUCAAAGAAGAACCCAUGGAGGUGUCGGACUGUAAGACGAGUACCAGCGAAACAACCAAAUCCUCCCUGUCACCAUGUUUAUCAGUGAAGACAGAAAAAGAGGCGGAGGAGGUGAAGAAGACAGAGGAGUUCCAGCCAAGCAUGAAGAACGACCAGCAGGCCAAAAUCCCCCUGAAGAAGAGAGGGAUGAAGUUCACUGAGGACUUUGACAGAAACAGUGCCAUCAUCACACAAAACCCUUCAGCAUGUGGCCUCAAGGAGGCGCCCAAAGCUCCGGAGCAGAACAGGGGCAGGAACGAUCACAUCAACGGAGACGUCCAGGCCACGUCGGACAAAGAGACGCUGAAAGACAGAGAGCACUCAAUCCAGCCGGAAAAAUGUAAAGACGUGGCUUCAGGCAAGGACAGAAAGGACCAAGUCUGCACAGAGACGAAGGAAACGCCCGGCCUGGAGGAGAAAGGGACGAUAAAAGACAGAACACAGGCAGCCCAGUCUCAUCAAGAUGGCAGAGAAAAGGAGGGUGUGGCCAAGGACGAGGGCAAGGUGGCUGAGGUCAGGAAGGACGAGGGCAAGGCUGCCGGGGGCAGGAAGGACGAGGGCAGGAAGGACGAGGGCAGGAAGGACGAGGGCAAGGCUGCCGGGGGCAGGAAGGACGAGGGCAGGAAGGACGAGGGCAGGAAGGACGAGGGCAAGGCUGCCGGGGGCAGGAAGGACGAGGGCAGGAAGGACGAGGGCAGGAAGGACGAGGUCAGGAAGGACGAGGGCAAGGCUGCCGGGGGCAGGAAGGACGAGGUCAGGAAGGACGAGGGCAAGGCUGCCGGGGGCAGGAAGGACGAGGGCAGGAAGGACGAGGUCAGGAAGGACGAGGGCAAGGUGGCUGAGGGCAGGAAGGACGAGGUCAGGAAGGACGAGGGCAAGGCUGCCGGGGGCAGGAAGGACGAGGGCAAGGUGGCUGAGGGCAGGAAGGACGAGGGCAAGGCUGCCGGGGGCAGGAAGGACGAGGGCAGGAAGGACGAGGGCAAGGCUGCCGGGGGCAGGAAGGACGAGGGCAGGAAGGACGAGGUCAGGAAGGACGAGGGCAAGGCUGCCGGGGGCAGGAAGGACGAGGGCAAGGCUGCCGGGGGCAGGAAGGACGAGGGCAAGGCUGCCGGGGGCAAGGCGGCUGAGGUCAGGAGGGACGAGGGCAGAAAGGACGAGGGCAAGGCGGCUGAGGUCAGGAGGGACGAGGGCAGAAAGGACGAGGGCAAGGCGGCUGAGGUCAGGAGGGACGAGGGCAGAAAGGACGAGGGCAAGGCGGCUGAGGUCAGGAAGGACGAGGGCAGGAAGGACGAGGUCAGGAAGGACGAGGGCAAGGCGGCCGAGGGCAAGGCGGCUGAGGUCAGGAGGGACGAGGGCAGAAAGGACGAGGGCAAGGCGGCUGAGGUCAGGAGGGACGAGGGCAGAAAGGACGAGGGCAAGGCGGCUGAGGUCAGGAGGGACGAGGGCAGAAAGGACGAGGGCAAGGCGGCUGAGGUCAGGAAGGACGAGGGCAGGAAGGACAAGGUCAGGAAGGACGAGGGCAAGGCGGCCGAGGGCAGGAAGGACGAGGGCAAGGCUGCCGGGGGCAGGAAGGACGAGGUCAGGAAGGACGAGGGCAAGGCGGCCGAGGGCAGGAAGGACGAGGGCAAGGCAGCUGAGGGCAGGAAGGACGAGGUCAGGAAGGACGAGGGCAAGGCGGCUGAGGGCAGGAAGGACGAGGUCAGGAAGGACGAGGGCAAGGCGGCCGAGGGCAGGAAGGACGAGGGCAGGAAGGACGAGGGCAGGAAGGACGAGGUCAGGAAGGACGAGGGCAAGGCAGCUGAGGGCAGGAAGGACGAGGGCAAGGCGGCUGAGGGCAGGAAGGACGAGGUCAGGAAGGACGAGGGCAGGAAGGACGAGGGCAAGGCGGCUGAGGUCAGGAAGGACGAGGUCAGGAAGGACGAGGGCAGGAAGGACGAGGGCAAGGCGGCUGAGGGCAGGAAGGACGAGGUCAGGAAGGACGAGGGCAGGAAGGACGAGGGCAAGGCGGCUGAGGUCAGGAAGGACGAGGUCAGGAAGGACGAGGGCAGGAAGGACGAGGGCAGGAAGGACGAGGGCAAGGCGGCUGAGGUCAGGAAGGACAAGGUCUGCCCAGACCAGAAGAAAAGCCCAGACAUGGGCAUGAAAAGUUCAGACCCGAAGGCGAAAGUUCUGGCCAUGGUGGAAAAAACUCCCACAGAGCAGCCCGGAAGAGAAAGAAUGAAGAUGGAAGCACACAAGUCUCCUCCACCAGCAGACGCAAUGCCGCCACCUGAAGACAUCAACAGUGUGGUGGAGACAUCCUUAAAUCAUGAAGAGAAGAAAGAGUCCAAACCAGCAGCUGCAGAGCACCGUGAUGGGACCUCCAUAAAAGACAGAACAGCAACGUCCAUCGAGUUCCAGACACUAAACGUAAACCGCCAACGCAAAUCGAAAGAUUCAGGAGAAUCAGAGGAAACCCAUGAAGACUCCCAUAUGGACACAUCAGUGUCCAGUCAGACUCCAGAAGCAGAGACGUCAGAGAGCAUCACAGACAAACCCACUAAACUGAGCCACCAGAAACACAAAGAGACGUCCCAGACUACGGCAGGGAAAUCAGAGAAACCUGUAGUUUCAGAACAGUCAGGAGGAUCUGCGGAGAAACUACCUGCAGGAGAAGAUCCUCCGCAGAAAUCCGUCCUCUGUCUAAACCCUGUGUCACAAUCCGACGCUAAGGAAGCAGAAGAACCGUCGGUCAGUGAGGGGUCCCAGGAAAAAGAGGACGCCAAGGGAAGCACAGAACCUCCUGGUAAAGAGCUGGACCAAUCCCAGGCAAGUAAGCCUGCAAAGAUGGACAUCCAGGACGCAGAUGGAAGGACAGCUGUGGACUGUGGUGACAGCCCAGCUCUGCAUGCUGGCAAGAAGAGAGACUCUACGUCCGAGCCGAUGGAAGUAACGGAACUGGACGAUAAAUUCAACCGAACAGAGAACGACGGGUUGAAGUCUGUCCUUCAGAUGAAGACCGGAGAGGUGUCUUCAGGGAGAGAUGAAGCAUCCAGUCCUGUGAAGAAGACAAAUAUCUCUGAAGAAAGCAAAAACACAGCUGAAAACCCAGAGACUGGCGACGAGAAAGUGUCCACUGACGAGAAGAGACAAAUCAAAGAUACUAAGAAUGUCCCUGGCAAGGAGAGCAAAAAAGACAGAGAGGAGGACAAGAAAACCUUGUCCAAACCGCAAGACCCCCAAUCCUCCAGCGAACCCGAGAAACACCCGAGCAAAGAAACAGACCCUCCCGCUGACGGAGGCGAGAAGACGGCGUCUCCGGUGAACCGGGACCUGGCCAACGGCGUGGAGGCUCUGAUGGACAUCCAGCUGGCUGACAUUCGCCGGAAAAACAAAUCUCUGGCGCACCGCCGGAAAGCCGAGCUGCAGCGAGAGGAGCGGCAGGGAGACUCGGAGUCGGACACCAACACGGGGAUGUCCCUCCGGAGGUCGCCCAGGAUCUCCAGGCCCACGCCCAAAGCCGUGGAGAUCCAGGACAAGAAGGUGGAGAAGUCUGCCGCGACGCCGCCCAAGAGCAAGGACAAGGACGAGGAAGGGGACGAUGACGAGGAAGAGGAGGAUGAGGAGGAGGCGAAGGCCGUCCAGAAGAAGCCCAGAGAGAAGAAGGCGGUCCAGGAGGGACAACCCAAACCCAAGGGGAGGAAGAGGCGGAAGCUGCGCUGGUCCAACACCAGGACCCGCCGCAGGAAAAAAGACUCCGAGGACGAAGACGACAACAGCGACGAGGAGUCCAGCGAGGACGAGGAGAGCGAGGAGGAGGACGACGACAGCGACGAAGACUACAAGGUGGAGCGGUCCCGGAAGAGGCGCGGCAGGAACCGCGAGAGGCGGAGCUCCGACUCGUCCACGUCCAGCGACGACGACCUGCCGCCCAACGACGACCCCUGCAAGCACUGCGGCCUUCCAAACCACCCCGAGCUGAUCUUGCUGUGCGACUCCUGCGACAGCGGCUACCACACGGCGUGCCUGCGGCCCCCCCUCAUGAUCAUCCCGUACGGGGAGUGGUUCUGCCCCCCCUGUCAGCACAAGCAGCUCUGCGACAAGCUGGAGGAGCAGCUGCUGAACCUGGACACCGCUCUGAAGAAGAAGGAGCGGGCAGAGAGACGGAAAGAGCGUCUGAUCUACGUGGGAAUCAGCCUGGAGAACAUCAUCACGCCGUCUGUGGAGGUGGAGGAGGAGAAGCCCGAGGUCCUCAUCAAGGAGAAGAAGGAGGCCAAGAGGAGCAAGAGCUGGGGCCGAAGGUCCACCAGGGCCAAGAAGACCAUCAGCUACAGGUUCGACGAGUUCGACGAGGCCAUCGAGGAGGCCAUCGAGGAGGACAUCAAAGAAGCAGAGGGAGGAGGAGCCGGUCGGGGUAAAGACAUGGCCAACAUCACGGGCCACAGAGGAAAGGACAUGUCCACCAUCCUGCAGGCGGAGGAAGGCAAAGAGAACGGCCGGCCGCCGCGGCCCAGCGCCGCCCAGCGCCGGAAGAAGAGGCGGCGGCUCAACGACCUGGACAGCGACAGCACGGUGGACGAGGAGGAGAGCGAGGACGAGUUCCGGCUCAGCGACAGCUCCGAGGAAGAGUUUGUGGCCUCGGACAACGCCACGGAACCUGAGUCGGAGCAGGAGGACAGCGACGGCGGCAGCAGCGGGAAGCGACGGCGGUCGUCCCACUCCAGGAGGGCGGUGAAGUGCAGGAGGAGCUCCAGGAAGAGGAGGAGGCCCCGAGGAUACUCCGACGACGAGGAGGACGAGACGGACGAGGACGACGACGACGAGGAAAUCGUGACUGAAGGCUCCAGUGAGUUCAGCGACAGCGACCUGGAUAUGAGCCGCCGGCGGUCUCGGCGCAGCCAUAAGAAGCAGGUGAACUACUGCGAGACCUCCGAGUCCGAGGGAUCCCAGGCCGGGACCAACCGGGCCAGGAUGAAGCCUGGGAGACUGCCGGACAGCUCGGAGAGCGACGCGAGUUUCUCCAAAGAGUCUUCAGAGGAGCGGCGGGAGCGGCGGCCCCAGAGGAGGGCCGACUCCUCGGAGGACGAGUCCCGGCAGCGCCGCAGACGCCUGGCGCUCAAACGGCGGCGAGCGUCUGAAGACGACGACUCGGACGACUCCUCGGACGAUUCUUCGGAGGAAGACCGGCCCGUCCGCAAGAGGGUGAACCGCAUCGACUCGGACGACGAGGAGGAGGAGGAGGAGCCCACGCCCCAGGAGGAGGAGAAACCCAAGGAGAGGGAGGAGUCAAAGGGAACCGCGCCGUCGGAGCCGCCGCCCAUCAAGAGCCUGGAGGGCCUCGCCGGGCGGCCCGCGCCGGCCCCGCCUCUCGACCCGCCCAAGAACACGAGCGCCGCGGCGCCCAACGGGCUGGUGGGGACGGACGUGGCGGCGCCGGACGAGGACGAGGACGACCUGUUAGGAGUCACAGACCUGGUGGACUACGUCUGCAAUAACGAGGACCUGUAGAAACGCUGGACUUUCUUUUUUGUGGUAUUGUAUUUUUAUAUUGCUUAACUUUAUUAUUCCCAUCCUCCAUCCUCGUCCCCCCCCCACCCCCUGUCCCCUCCUCCACCUCCCCGGUUCUGUCCUCACUGGUCCUGGUCACGCUCUCUGGCCAUAAGAACUGGACUCUGUUGCCAGUCUGCACGCCGUUCCGUUAGCCCCCCUCUGACCGGGUCAUCAUCGGACCGCCCAGCUUCACUGCCAGACCCCCACCCCUCCCUCCCCUCCCACCACAUCGUUCAGGUGUAAGUGUGAAGAAGCUUGAGACCAUCAUUCCAAGUCCAAUCCGCCGCUGGAAUUGUCUCGAUGUUUUGACAGGGAGAACAGCGUGACCCUGUUAGGCGGCCCGUUGGCGCCGGGAGACCGAUUGGUGCCAGGCGGGUGGCCGUUGGCGCCGGGGGGGCGGCCCGUUGGCGCCGCGUCAGCAUGAAUGAUGAACUUCAACAACAUUAUGAACCGACGUGGCGAAGCGCUGCUGCAGUACCACGGUCUGCCACCAGGUGGUGCAGUGAGUGGCUUUAGAUUGUUAAUCCUAAUGUAAAUCUUCUCAGUGCUGCCCCCAGAGCUCUGAAGUGGUACUGCAUCCAGCCGACACCCAGCCACUCUUCACUCUACAUUUCGGCGUCUUGUCAGCAGAACGUUUGGUCUUCAUUCCUGCUCCAGAUGGAGAAUCUGCUUUCGUUUCCUGUGGCUCGUCCACCGACACGGCGCCACGCGUCUGAAGCCUGGUUCAGCUUCACGCUGGAGGGUUUCUGCUGUGAAUCUGACCCAGGCUGCGGCUUCGCUCCGUCGGUGAUCAGUCAUCAUGAGCUCUAACCUUCACCUCUAAAGAAACCUCUAAAGCUCCUUGUUUCCCCAUUUUAACCCGUCUGUGACACAAGAGCUUUAAAUCUGAAUUUAACAAGCUUCUGGCUGCACUUUAGUCUUUACUCCUCCUUUCUCCGUUUCUGGUCGAUAUCAGACGUUUGAUAAGCUAACUCUUAACUGCUCACAUUCUCGUGUUUCAUCUGCGAUUGAUCUUCAAGUGAUCAACUCUUCUCUACAACACACAUUCUUAAUGUCUGAAAUCAUGGAAAUCUCAAUGUUGGCACAAACAUCCUAAAGUGUGACUCGGAAAAAAUUUAUCAGCUAAAACAACAAUUUAAAAAUUUAAAGAGAGAAGCUGGUUAAAAGUUAUUCCUUUGUAAAAGGUCUCAGCUGCAAUCAUGGAAGAAGUUUGAGUGAAGAAGCAAAAGAACGACGACUUUCACAUCAGAACAGUCGAGACAUCAAGUUUCCCCAAAACCUCCAAUAUCGUGUGUGUGUGUGUGUGUGUGUGUGUGUGUGUGUGUGUGUGUGUGUGUGUGUGUGUGUGUGUGUGUGUGUGUGUGUGUGUGUGUGUGUGUGUGUGUGUGUGUGUGUGUGUGUGUGUGUGUGUGUGUGUGUGUGUGUGUGUGUGUGUGUGUGUGUGUGUGUGUGUGUGUGUGUGUGUGUGUGUGUGUGUGUGUGUGUGUGUGUGUGUGUUGCACAGCCUCACCUUCAUGUUUUAGCUGUUGAAGGACAGAUCUAUAUCUGAGCUCGGAGCAAACCAAUGACUUCACUGACCUCUGACCUCUGCUGGAACCAGUCUGUGUGUAUAUAUAUGUGUAGUUUUUUGCUGUAAUAUAUUUAGAGGCAUUUUUAAAGAAGCAAAAAAAAAAAAAAAAAUUCUGGGGAGAAAAAUCUAU